UUAAGAUUUCCUAUCACACUGGGGCAGUUGGGGGUCUGGUGGUGAUAAGGUUUGGAGUAUUGCAGCAGAACGUUAGUAAGUUAAUUGGAAUUGAAGUUAGGAUUCUCCUUGUGUAUAUUACAUUUGUUGAUAUAACCUUUGGAUAGUGUAAUAUGAUUCGUUUCAUUCUUAUCCAGAACCGUGCUGGUAAAACUCGCCUUGCAAAAUGGUAUAUGCAGUUUGAUGAUGAUGAGAAGCAGAAGUUAAUCGAGGAAGUGCAUGCUGUUGUUACCGUCAGAGAUGCCAAACACACAAACUUUGUUGAGUUUCGGAAUUUUAAAAUAAUCUACCGACGCUACGCUGGACUGUACUUCUGUAUCUGCGUUGAUGUUAAUGACAAUAAUCUGGCAUACCUGGAAGCCAUUCACAACUUUGUAGAGGUUUUGAAUGAAUAUUUCCACAACGUCUGUGAAUUAGACCUUGUGUUCAAUUUUUACAAGGUAUACACUGUGGUGGAUGAGAUGUUCCUUGCAGGAGAGAUCAGAGAAACAAGCCAAACAAAGGUUUUAAAGCAACUACUUAUGUUGCAGUCCCUAGAAUGAGACUAGUAUGGAGUCCAACCAGUUUGGGACCUGGCAUUUCCAGACUGAGCCAGUGCCUCUCUCUGUACGAAAAAGUCAAUCAGUGUGCAGCUUGUUUUAUACGGUGUAGGAAGAACCAGACCCAAUAUCAAGCUCAAGACUUUUAGUUCAUUGUUUUCUUGGUGUCUUGUACACUGCUAACACUACCAGAUGUUAACCUUAUUAAUGCAGAAGUGUACUAUACAGAGUUGCUUCAGAAGGCCUGCCAGAUGGUGACAACUAAUAAACCCUGUAUAUGAUUGUGUUAUUAGUAUACCCAGCAUUGAAAACAGUAUGGAUGCAGGUUUAUAAUACAACAAGACUAAGUGAGUGUGAAGUUGGUCUUUCUGCCCUCUUGGUUAAGCAUUCCACUUUAGAAAUCACAUACCUGGUGUAUAUGAAAAACUCUCAUGUGUACACACACACAUGGAACACUGCGAUUCACACUGCAAAUUCGGGGGGGGGGGGGCAACUGUUAGGCACCUUUAAACAGAGGCCACCACUGAAUGGCAGUGUCAAGCUCCAACAGCUUGAAAUACUUGGACUGCCACACUUCUUAUGUGGCAGUAUAAAGUGUAACUACAGCUUUUUACAGGAAUAAAGAUGCACUUUUCUUCUGGCUGCUGUCUGUGAAGCAACACUGAGUGUAGUACGGCUGUCAAAUCCCUCAUCUGUAACAUGUUUUUUUUUCUUUAUUUUAAACAGUAUAUUGUGAAAGCAAGUGUUAAAUGUCCAAGAGUUAGAACUAGAUUAAAGUUAAGGUUAACUUUUUAUAAGUAGAAAGUCUUGCUGUCUAUUUUUUAUUGACAGAGUGAAAAAAUGUAUAUGUUAAGGCCUUGUAGAUUCUGGCUUAAUCAAACAUGUGCUGAAUAACUUUUAUGAACGUUUUAGAUGUUCUGCUUGAGCUAAAUAGUUUGAGAUAGCUCCUCAAAGUACACUUGCACAACAUUUUCCAUUGAGAUGCUUGGCAGUCUGGAUUAUACUUCACACAUCCCAGAUAAUGUUUUUGUUAAUUUGGAAAGAAAACAUGUUUGCUUUGUUUAUGUAUGCUGUUGUGUUUUUAUCAUAAUGGCAUAGCACUGAGUAGAGCGGAGAUGCUGUGUCCUGGUUUAAAAAAGAAAAAAAAUAGCCUUGCCCAUUUUUGAUCAUCUUGAAAGAUAGCAGGAUUUGAACAAAGCGGAUAAUCCACAAAACUUUAAGUAAAGUGUCCUUUCAUGCAUUCCAUGGUUUCUGUUAUUGUGAUAUACUUGGAAACCACACAAUAAACGUGUGAUUAAAUAAA